ACUGCGUGCUGAUUAGCUAACAUUUCCCAAGGUCACUUAAGAGUCGUUCAAAGGUCGUCCAUAAAUCAGUCUCAUCCUUUUGACACGUCCGAUUGCGUUACACCGGACGUGCAUUGCAUGAUGGAAUGAUAUCCUAAGUCAAAACUCCAGUCCUACGCUUCCAUACAAAUUCCUGUGAAACCCUUGAAUCUUCGUCAUUUACGAAAUGCCAAAGCAGAUUGUAUUUCUACAUCCAGACCUGGGCAUAGGUGGUGCCGAAAGACUUAUAGUGGAUUCAGCAGUAGCCUUGGAGUCAUGUGGUUAUAAUGUCAGCAUUAUUACAAAUCACCACGACCCUAAGCAUUGUUUCGAGGAAACAUUACAGUCAAAUCUGAGUGUUACAGUUGUAGCUGAUUGGUUUCCUCGUUCCAUCUUUGGUUACAUGACAGCUUUAUGUGCGUAUAUUCGCCUCAUCCUUGCAACACUAUAUUUAUUAUUUUAUGAAAAGAAACCAGAUGUAACAUUUGUUGACCAAAUAUCAGCCCCUAUGAUUCUGCUACGGGCUUUUGGAUACAAGACGAUAUUUUAUUGUCAUUUUCCAGACUUGCUAUUGACGAAAAAUAAAAAAUUUUUAUUGAAAAAACUGUACCGAAUACCUAUUGAUUAUAUUGAGCAGUUAUCAACUGGAAUGGCUGAUAUUGUUCUUGUUAACAGUAAAUUCACAUCUAAUGUCUUUAGAGAAACAUUUACUUCACUUAAUCACGUACAACUGCGUAUUUUGUAUCCAAUUGCAAAUGAAAAAAGUUUAUGCUUACCAACAUCAGCACAAUUUCAAAGUGAUCAUCAGUCGAAAUAUGAAUAUCGUAAAUAUUUAUCUUCAGAAACUAUACCUGAGAAAGCGAAAAUAAUAUUCGUAUCAAUUAAUCGAUAUGAAAGGAAAAAGAAUCUCUCAUUGGCUUUGUACAGUCUUGAAUACUUGAUCACACAUUGGGAUCAGCUUAUUGAUUCAACCGUUGAAAUAAAACCGGAAAAUGUUCAUCUAAUCAUAGCUGGAGGUUAUGAUCGUCGUGUUAUUGAAAAUGUAGAGUAUUAUACCGAAUUGGUUAACUUGUCACAAACGCUGAAAGUUUCAGAAAAUGUCACUUUCAUGUGUUCGUGCUCAUCCGAAAUCAAACCUCUGUUAAUUGCCUCCAGUGAUGCGGUAAUUUACACCCCAGAUAAGGAACAUUUUGGAAUUGUCCCUAUUGAAGCAAUGUCGUUGUCUCGAGCAGUUAUUGCAUUGGAUUCUGGUGGUCCUAAAGAAACUGUUUUGCAUGGUUCUACAGGAUUUCUAUGUACGGUGCACCCAAUAAAACAACUUCCGCAAACUAUGGCUACCUAUCUUAGCAAAUUUGUAAAUGAUCCAGAGCUUGCAGAUCGUUUGGGGAAGGCAGGAUGUGAACGUGUUCGUGAGAAAUUUUCAUCUACAACUUUUAAAAGAGAAUUGCAAACAAUCGUGUCUGAUUUAAUAAGUGAAGACCAAGGAUGGCAAUAGUUGUUUACAUGCAAAAUUAUUUGAUUCAUUUUUCCUCAAAUAUUUAGUUGUUUUUUAUUGCAAGGCAGAGUAAAUACCUGCAGUGUUUCCAUGUACUUAAUUUUGGUGAAAUGCUGUUUAUCAGAACUUUUUCACUGGACCGUUUACUUGUAUUGGUCAAUAUACAUUUACACUUAGGUAAUUUUCAUCCUACUGUACAAAUGAAGAAUACAAGUAACUCUAAAUUUCAAAUGUUGUUAGUACGAAUCACAACAGCAUACACGUUUUGAUCUAUCAAAUAAUAUAAACUAUGUAAAACACAUACCAGAUUAGUCAGUUGUAUUUGAUGAAAGAAAAGUAGAAAAAUAUGAACUG